AUGAUGAGUCAGUUAAGCGAUGUUAACGGGAAUAUCAAAAUCGACGGCCUUUUAGAUUUAGUUGCUCCUGUUACGGAUGAAGAAAGACGACUUUACAAGGCACUGGAUUUUGACAUGGAAGAUUAUCGAUCGGAUAUUGGUGCUGUCAGACUUAUAAGCGACCAAAAAGAGAAAGUGCUGAUGAAUCGCUGGAGAAAUCCCUCCCUGUCUCUUCAUGGUAUUGAAGGGGCAUUCAGUGGCGAGGGUGCAAAGACAAUCAUUCCAUCGAAAGUAAUCGGGAAGUUCAGCAUACGUUUGGUGCCAAACAUGGAACCGGCUAAGGUUGACCAAAUUGUCCUGAAUCAUUUGAAUGCGCUUUGGAAAAAGAGAGGCUCUCCGAAUCAUUUUCGGUAA